AUGGAAAGAAUCCCGAAGAAAAUUCAGGUAAAGAAAAACGAGAGCUGUCACCAGAAUAUUAUCGACGUCGCUCCUCACGUUCCAGAUCCCCGUAUCGUCAUGAUCGUUCAUUAUCGCGGGACAGAGGAUCCAGACGAAGCAGGUCAACGUCACUUGAACGAAAAACAAAUCACCGAUCUGGUUCCAGAGAUAGAAAAAGAUACGGGUAUGAUGAUCGCAGAAGAUCAAGAUCUCGUUCUCGCGAUAAAAGAAGAUCUUACCAAAGUCGAUCAAGGUCAAGCACUCGAGAUAGAAAGCGAUCCUAUUAUCGAAGCCGAUCACGAAAUCGUCAUUACUGAAAGUACAUUUGGUAAAGCUUACAUGUUUUUUUGGAAUUUACUUGGCACUGAAAUAUAUAAUUAG